AUCCGUCCGCCGUUUCCCGACCAUAUGCAUCAACAGCCACGCGGGCCACCUCGGGUCUCAUCCCCAGCCCGCACGACUCGCCCCAGCCAUGAUCAAGCGAGGUCUCGCGCCGGAUCCAACGUCUCGUCGGCUAGAGGUUCUGUCGGCUCGCCCGCCACCGGUAGCCAGCAUGGCCAACCCCCGGUCGAGUCCGUGAAGAAGCUCGACCAGAUCGUUCAGAACUUCUUCAACAAGGCUGCCGUCUUGAUCAUCGAUUCACGAAUGCGGACCAAGCCUACACGCUCCACAAACGGCUCCAAGAAGCCCAAUAAAUGGUUUCAACUCGACACACUGGAACUCGACGAUUUCCGCGAUGAGCUGAGGACAUGGAGGACGAGCGGCAGCAUAGAGAACCAGCCUCCGCCGCUGAUAAUCGAGGUCUACCUAGACACCUCACGGCUCAAGGACAGCCAGAGCCUGACGAUUGUCGACGACGACGGCAAGCGCUGGGACGUCAUGGAGCAGCUGGGCUCUCUGGGCUCCUACACCGACGUCGGCUCUUCUUCUACCUCGCAAAAGAACACCGAGGUCAUCAUCGAGCGAUGGCGCGUCGACCUCCAGCCCAAGCGCGACCCGCCCUCCGACGACUUCGGUCCCAUCCUCCCUACCAUCUACAAAAAGGCAAUCGUCUUCUUCCGCUCCUUCUUCACAACCACCCGCGUUCUGCCCGCCUGGAAGUUUGCCAGCCAGGAUGCCGCUAGGAAUCCUCAUCCGGCCCUGACCCCUCGCUGCCGGAUACGCACCUCGCUCCCCCCGCUCCACGGCCCUGACCCGCUCAGGCAAUCCAUCGACGGACGAGACGCCGUCACAGACUACGUCUUUGGUGAUCUCGACAUACCCGUCGGCCGACUCAGCACGUCGGUCACUUAUAGGAACGACUGCUCCUUCCACAUCGACGACUCCGAGUCCCUCCUCAGCUCCCGUUUCAUGGGUGUCGACGAGGACUUCUUCAAGCCUUCGCUACCCCAACGCGCCCGCACCGACCAGCAGACCCGAGGAGGGCAGGUGGCCGAGGUCGUUUCCCUCAGGGAAAACCGUCCUCCUCAGGCAAACGUGGCCGAGGCGCACCAGACAUAUGGGAGCCUGUCGACGUUUCACGGCAACGUCCCCAUGGGUACCAGUCCCAUGACAGCCCUGAGAUCCGUCAGGCCCCCAGGUUCGGACACGAGCUCGCCCCCGACGCCCAUUACGAAUCACGGCGACUCGGUGCCGUCCGGUCCUCUCCCCCCGGCGCGAGCUUACUCGUCGCGACCCGGCACCGGAGUCGGCGACGGACUCCUGUCCAGGCGACCCUCGAUCUCGUUCCAGCCCUUCAAAGCCGGAUCGUUGUCGGGCUCGCCCGUCCCGCGGCAGCCGGAGCCCGAGUCCCCGGCGUCUCCGCACUCGUCGUCUUACAGGGCGAGCGGUCCACCAUCCCUGCAGCAGCCCCGCGCCCGGACCUCGCUGACGGCUGGGAUGCCGGCAUCCCUGCGCGGCGGACCCCCCGCUCAGCCGGCGGAUGCCCCGAGCUCGCCCCGCCCCAGCACCGCCGCCACCAGCCGCUACAGCAGCAGCUUCACGCACAGGAGGGGCCGCCUCUCCAUCGGGGGCGCGAUCAGGGCUGGCGACGACGAACAGGGCGGCAGCAGCGGGAGGCAGAGCCUCUCGUCGUCGGUGGCGCAACCCGGCUCCGGUCUCCUGGCCGAGCCGGGCACGAGCUCGGGCUCCUUCCAGGCAGAGGAAGAUAACAUCUCGGAAUUCCUCAAGGCCCUCGACAGCAAGAAGACGCUCAAGAGCUUCGACAGGUCGGAGCGCGGCGAGUCGGCCACCAACAAGACGGUGGCUCAGCUGUCCAAGUUUCACAUGAUGAAGGACUCGAACAAUGCCCUGACCGAGUCCAUGACGUCGUCGGUGCAGAUGCACCGGUCGUCGAGCACAUCGAGCCGCCAGCUGACGAGCGUCCCCGGCAUGGUGGCGCCGGCCUCGGUAUCGGCAUCUUCGUCGCCCAGUAAGCCGCACUCGCCCCACACGCCCCACACGCCCGCCAUCCCGUCGAGGCUGAGCGAGCAUUCGACCGCGGACCAGCCGACCGGCCACACGAGGACGUCGUCGCGACGCUUCCGGCCGCCGGCGGAGUCGACGGUGCCCGAGCUGAGCCCGGAGAACACGGUGACGCAGGACGGCACCACGGCCAUCGACAUACCCCUAUCGCCCAGGCUGGCCGGCGCGUAUCAGCGGCGGUCGAACUCGGUCCAGCAGGGCCGGACAACCCUCGAAGAUGACUACCUCCCCUUCGCGCCCGACCGCAGCGCCAGCCUGGGCACAGACGACAGGGAACCGCCGACCAUGAGCGGCCUCCUCGGCCAGCAGCUGGCCCGAAGCGGAGCGGCGGCGCAGGCUGCCGAGGAGGAGGAUGAUGAUGAUGAGGAGGAGGAGGGGAACGCGCAGGCAAGUCUCCGGCCGGCCGCCGAGAUCCAGCCCACAGGAACGACGGACACGAUGCAGCAGCACGGCUCGUCUGGGGGCAACCCGUCAGACGGGUUCCUGUCCGGCGUUCCAUCCAGCUCACCGUUUGGACGCCGUCGCUACACCGGCAUGAACACCGGAAGCGGUACCUCUGGGGCGGGAGGACGGCGACAGACGCCGCCGCAAUCGGCGCGGGGAAGCUUCACGGGGUCCAUCGGCCGGCUCGCGCGGGAGGAUAACGAUUCUCUGAGCGGAGAGCCGCUAAUGUUUGACCUCUCGGAGAUGGAUGCCCAGGGGAGGCGAAGCCUCGAAGAAGGACGCCAGGCCGGUAACGCGGAUCGAGGCGGUGGUUACGACAGUCGCGGCGGGGGAGCAUCAUCAUCGAGGAGAGGAUGGUAG